AGCUUAAAGUGUUGUCUUGUAAUGAAGCACAGAAUGAACCAGAGUAUAAUAAGUAUUUAUUUGUUUCAUAGGUAUCUUAAAAUGAUAGAGAAGGCCAAAAAUGAAGAUAUUGUAGUGGAGCAGAUGGAUAUGUAUGAGCAGCUCUUUAUGCAUUCAUGUGAAAAGAAUGUGAAGGUUACCAUCAGUCGUGUGCCAUAUUUUGAUGGAGACUACUUUCCUAGAGAGGCAGAGUAUACUAUUGCCAAUAUUCAUAGAGAAGAAGGCAAAAAAAGGUGGAAAAGUGGACAAAGACCAGCUUCUAAAGUGGCUCGAGAAAAUCCAACCCGAGCUGUAGUUGCAAAUGAUGCUUCAAAGCUUGCAGAUUCCAUUAGUGAAAAGAAGAAAGAGUUCAUCAUGGUCCACAUGCAGUAUGCAUGCACCCACUGUGGUCAGUUUGUACUAACUGGGAAGACCCGGGAUUGCAAGCCAGAUGAAAAUUUUUGUCUUUGUGAGAAUUGCUACGACGAAGAACAAAAACUUCAUGAGAAGGAUUGGCAUGCCAAUAACAAAAUGAAAACAUGUGCCGUAACUCCUGUCAAGAUGAACGUUCCUUCAGAAAUUAAGGAUGAUGAAGAGAUAGACAAUGAAAUUUUUCACACACGGCAAGCAUUCGUAGCCUUUUGUGCAAAAAACCAUUUUCAGUUUGAUACGCUACGCCAUGCAAAGCAUUCUUCUAGGAUGAUUCUCGACUAUCCGCAUAAUCCUAGGACAAUGUUAGAUUUGUAAGGAUCGCCCAUAUGUGACAAUUGUGGCAAAGAGAUAGUGAAAGGAAUCAUGGUCAUCAACUGAAGGACAACUAUAUGUAGCCAAGAAUGAAGUGGAAAAUAAGGACAUGAGCAUAAAGGGGUUCAUUAGAUAUGUUUGUGUUCCUUAUGAAAUUCUUGUUAUAAUAUGUUGCUAAGUUGUAUCAUGUCUGUAAAGUUCAGAGAGAAGCCAUUUAGGGUUUCCUAUUAUAUGUUGCAUAGAGGUGGAUCUAGACCAGGACCCAGUGUGGUGGAUCAAUCACCAGGUUUAUGUUUGAUUGGCAGUUGUAAAAUUUUGUUCUUAGUCAACUGCCUAGUUAAUAUUGGUUUAAUUUAAUGUCAACAAGUUAUAGUUCUUACAA